AUGACUGAAAAAAGUUCAACCCCUGCCUCGGGGCGUAGGACCCCAGGGCUCAGGAGGACUGAGCCAGGACUGAGCCGAAGCUGCCCCAGGGCUUUCUGGUCCCCUCAGCCAUCUUCCAAGUCUGGCCAGGUGGAUGGGACCAGCAAGGAGAAUCUGCACCUUGACAUUCAGAAACUGAAGGAGGAGAGGGACAUGCUGGACAGGGAGAUCUCCCGAUUCAUAUUUGAGAGCUACAGUGUGGAUGAACUGGGGGACCACAUCUCCCAGCUCUAUGAGCAUAAUGACAUCAAGGACAUGGGGCAGGCGCUGCUGGGCAAACUAGUACUGAGCCUGCUUCGGAGCUGCAGGUGGGUUUGA